AUGUUCUCCCGCGCCUUGGCCUUCGGGGCCAGUCGCCCCCUCUCUCUCCAUCUUCCUUGCACCCCCGGUGGCUCCGAAGCGGCGAUGGAAACUCGGGGAGUGUGGCCCCUGCCCGGCUUGGCCAGGACAGAAUACAAAAUUCAAAGGUGGUUUGGCAUAAACAGUAUGAUCUGCAACAAGAAAGAUGAGUCUUCUGUACCUUUUGCAAAAAUUUCUAAGGAUGUUCCAGGGAGACAGGAUAAUGAAAAGAAAAAUACAAAUAAAAACUUGUUGGACAUUAUAAAGAGUAUGAAAGUUGAAUUAAGUACAUUAGACAUGUUACAGGACAAAAAAACUCCUACAACCAUGACACAAAGGAGGAAGGAAGUUAACCUAAGAACAAGAAGUGUGGCUCAGAAAGCUGUAGAAGAUUCUGCACCUGAGAGUCAGCAGUCACUGAAUCCUGAAUUAGUGACAGCUACAACUGCUGUUGCUGAUUCUCUUCCUUUUGACAAGUUUUCAGUCAAAUCAGAUUUGCUCCGUCAAUUAAGAAAACAUGAGGAAGACUUCAGAGACCACCAAAGAAAAGAAACAAAUAAUAUAAGUAACAUAGUAUCAGAUAUGAAGAUUGCCAAGUCUUCUACAUCUCGAAUUUAUGAUAGGCCAGACCAUCAGAUUCAGUUUGAUGAAGGACAUGGAUUUUUAUCAACAAAUGAAAUGUUGGUUCUUGAUUCUAAGAAAAGAAAAGGAUUAUUUCAGGGGAAGAGACUUAAUGUUUUCCCUGUUGAGACAGCUCCUGAAGAGGCACCUGAAACAGAGGCAUCACCAACACUUUGGGAUAUGGAAUUUGCUAAUCAAUUAGCCAAAAUAAAUCAACAACUUCCCCAGAAUGCUAUUGAGGAGAUGAUCCAGUGGACAAAAGAGGGAAGAUUGUUGACAUUCCCUAUUAACAAUGAAGCUGGUAUUGAUGAUGAUGGUGCUGAUUUUCAUGAACAUAUAUUUUUGGAUAAAUACCUGGAAGAUUUUCCAAAGCAAGGACCAAUUUGACAUUUCAUGGAACUAGUUACUUGUGGACUCUCCAAAAACCCAUUUCUUACUGUUAAACAAAAAGUUGAGCAUAUAGAAUGGUUUCGUAAUUAUUUCCGAAAAAAGGAUAUUCUUGAAGAAAAUAAUAUACAAUUCAACUGA